AUGGGUGGCCUCUCUCUUCAGCACCCGUGGGCCUUUGCUUUUGGCCUCCUAGGCAAUGUCAUCUCCUUCAUGACAUACCUGGCCCCACUGCCGACUUUCUAUCGGAUCUACAAGAACAAGUCGACCCAAGGCUUCCAGUCGGUCCCUUACGUUGUGGCGCUCUUCAGCGCGAUGUUGUGGAUCUACUACGCGCUGCUCAAGUCCGACGAGUGCCUCCUCAUCACCAUCAAUUCCGCCGGCUGCUUCAUUGAGACCAUCUACAUAGUCGUCUACCUCACCUACGCGCCCAAACAGGCCAAGCUAUUCACUGCCAAGAUCCUGCUGCUGCUUAAUGUGGGCGUGUUCGGCCUCAUCCUCCUCCUCACGCUGCUCUUAUCGGAGGGCGAGAAGCGCGUCGUCAUGCUUGGCUGGGUCUGCGUCGGCUUCUCUGUCACUGUCUUCGUCGCACCCCUCAGCGUCAUCCGUCUUGUGGUGCGCACACAGAGCGUGGAGUUCAUGCCUUUCUCACUCUCCCUCUCCCUCACCCUUAGCGCUGUUGUCUGGUUCCUCUACGGCCUGCUCAUCAAGGACAAAUACGUCGCCCUGCCCAACAUUCUUGGGUUCGCCUUCGGUGUGAUCCAGAUGGUGCUCUACGCCAUCUACCGCAACGCCACGUCCAGACCAGCGACCAAGGAGGUUGACGUCCGCGUCUCAGACAACCACGUCGUCAACAUCACCAAGCAUGGCGCUGUCGAGCUCAGCACAAACUACCCCGUCGAGCCACCACAGCCGGCCAUGAAGGAGGGCAUCAUUCACAAGGCAACCCACGCCGAGCAAGUCUAG